UACGCUUGCUAGAAUUCAUGCCUAAAAACGUCUUCGGUGCCUAUAUUUUACGAGAAAUCAUGAACGUCUGAGGUCAAAAUUAAUGGUCUUCCGAGUGCCAAGAUGAUUCCAUUGCAUCGUCAAUACUUGUAUGGGUUUAUGCUGGUUCUGUUAUCCAGCUACAGCUUACAAGAAUUAACUUCGGUCCAGAGCACGAGCGCAACCGGGCUUGACACCACAAGGCCAGAAGAAAGCGCAGACAAUGAAUCACACAUAACGUCGCCAAGUACUUCCAGCCUUCCACAGGUCACAACAACGAUAAUUCCUCCGUCAAGCACAACAGAAACGCCAAACGCGGCAAUCCUUCGAGCAGCCGACGCCUGUCACUGUAAUUUGUCGCCUAAAAUAUGCGACAUCAACUGUUGCUGCGACGAUGACUGCACAGAAGAGCAAUCGAGGGCAUUUAGCGGGUGUGCCGACCUAGCCCCCGCGGAACCAGAUUUGAGAUACUGCACCAAGAGAGACAUCUUCUUUGCAAACAGAACAUUAUUUGAAAAACGGCCCGUAGGGGACCUCUUCUGUAUCUUUGUAGAUAACGCCGCGAAGGAGGAUGUUUACGAGAAUCCACCAAACGUGUCAUCCGUCGAAGAUGUUCAUGAACUGAUCAGGGACCAGACUUACGGGUGGCAGGUGACUUCGCUCACCAGCCAUAAACUGCCGAUCGUGAGGUUUAAAGUUGGAGACUCCUUAUUUUUGUUCAAGGAGGAUGGAAGCAAGCUGGAAUGGAGGUUGCCAGUGCAGCUUUUCACUUCUGCUUGUGAAGCAACAGAAGCUGUCACUUACCUACAGAACCAAGAGUUCGAAUGCAUGCGCCAAAUUUCAUCUACCAAGAACGAAUGUUCCACAAACUCCUACUUGAGGGGAACCACCUAUCAUCACGGCUUCUCUGUCUUGGCAAAAGAAGGAGUAUACGUCCCGAUCAAACCUCUUGUCUGUAACAAAACUUGCGUUGACUUCAACAGUUCCUUCCACCUACCCUAUUACUCGAAUGGCCGUUGCCAUAUGGCAGUUCGAGCAGUGAGCUACAAGAUCGUUCAUGAUGGAAUUCGUGGCAUUCAUAACGUAACAGCAGAGUACGAAAUGGAUUCCAUCGAAGACGAUGCUGUAAGUUUCAAACAGAGCUUCAGCACAGUUUACUCCUGGUACAACGAGGCUGAAGAAGGGGUAUACGGGGUAUAUAGUGGCCGUCCGGGAUACAUUGUUGGACUCCCCAUUCUGGCUGAGUGUUUUGAAAGCGACAACGUCAACUGUGAGAGUAACACACAAACACGACUGACAGCCCCUGCACCAGAGGACGGGCUCUGUUCUCCUUCUUCGAGACGAUUUCCACUCAAGUUCGGAAUUAAUGUGAGAACAGGAUGUCUCCUCUCCGUGGCUAGCCUCACCACCUGCGCUACAUUGCAGCGAGCGGUAUUGCAUUCAUUACUCGGCGACGAUGCAAAUCUGACCCACGUGGCGAUGACAGGUAACGCAAAUCGUUCGCAGCCUGAAGACUGGACAGCGAUGCUGGAAGAGCAGAAACCAGAUCCGAAGCUGGUGGAUUUCGACGAGGAAGACAACUCGUGCCAUUUGGGGGCGACGGGAAUCGAUGUUCACGUCCUCUUCGCGAGGACCGAGUCCGGAACUGACCCGCAGAAUAAAAUAAUCGGUAUUUUGUACCGGUAUGUGAACCCAAAAGCGGUUGCGAUCUUGAAGCCAGCGCUUCUGGAACUGAGCUUCAGUGCGACUUUCAAUGACGUGUCCAGACCGCGCGUCACAAUGUUUGCACCGCCGCCGACCAUAGAUGUGCGCCUACCGUACGACUUUUUCUACCCUUUCUUUCUCGAGUCGAGUGCAAUGUGCUGUUCGAGAAUGUGCGCAAUCCUCUUCCUGUUCGCUCUAUUAAUGCACAUCCUUCUGUGACACUUCGAUAUUCGUGGCCAAUUCUGUGAUGUAUAUAUGCGCGUUGUUCAGCAUGCCAAAGGAACUGCGAGACCGCGUCUCUUGAGUUUCCUUACCCCAUAUAAAUUAUGAAGAAACUGGAAGCGACCUGCACUUCGGCUGCCAAAGUUCGGUACUUUCCGAGAAAUUCAUUCGGCGUCCACAUCACAGUGGG